GUUUGAACGGGAAGACAGUGUUGUGUCCCGUCACCUGAAGCAUCUAAAUCCCCUUUGAACGGAUUGCAUGAAGAAUUGUUGAACGAAAAGUUGUUGUGAAGCCGUUACGAGUAAACUAGUGAAAUUUUCAAAUUGGACAGUGGGGGGGCAUGAUUGUUGCCACAACAGCGACGACGACUCCCGAUGGCGAAUUGGACAGUGGCGCCGUCAAAUCCUUCUCGGAAAUAGAAACCCUUCAAAACCCAGCGCCCCCCACUGUUCCGGCAAACUCCAGCGAUUCUUCUCCGGCAAGGACAACUGACAGGUUCCUCCGUCGAUCCCAGCUGUUGCGUCAGCUUCCAGCGGUGGCGGUGACAGAUUUCUCCGGCGACUUCCAGUCCAUGGCGGUCAGAUUUGGGGAGUGAUUUCGACCUCCGGGCAGCAACGAGUUUGACGAGGUAGCAGUGUUAGGUUGACAGCGGUACUAACGGGCAGCGAGAUGAAAUCGACAAAGCAACCCCAUUUGAGUGAUGUUCCUUGAAUUAAGCUUAUCGCUGAGCGUGUAGUUUGUUCCCUCUCUCUACACGUAGGUAAUAACAAGCUGAUCCUGGA